CUUCAAGUAUAAUCGUCGUCCUCCUCUUCAUCAUCAUCGUCCCCAUGCUCGUCUUCAUCCUUGUAAUCAUCCUCGUUGUCCUUCUCGGCCUCAUUAUCAAGCUUGUCCUCUUCCUCAACCUUUGGUGUUCUCUUGUUUCUAACUUGCUCGCUCGAACGUUUAGCCGAUUUUUUGGAGGAUUUUUACAAGUGGAGGCAUAAUGACCGAAAUCACCACAAAUGCCACAUUAUCUUGAUUUGACAAUCUUCCCCUUAUUGUUCUUAGUCAGUGGACCACCUUCAAAAUAUGUCUGGAGAUUCUACACCUAUUGAUGACAUUUGUAAGUUGUGGUACUGUAAAAUACCAUAUCUCCAUAUGCGUUCUUCUUCCUUUGAAAAUCUUCAUAGUAUCGGUAUGCCAUCACAGUCAUUUCUUUGAAGAUUUUCCAAAGUACCUUUCGGUUCUUUUGUCCACCUCGGCAAAACCAACUGUGAUGGCAUACCGAUACUAUGAAAUUUGUAACUACUGCACUCCAUUUCUGAUGUGGUUGGUUGAUAUGUAACUUCUACGACAACCUCAGGGUCUUCAUAUAGUGUCAUCUCAUAGACACAGUGAGAAAAUCUUUCAAAAGAUGUGUUGAUAAUGCAUGCACCAGAUGCUUCGAGCUGCUCCCGAAAUGUAAAAAUUGUCUCCCUUGAGUAAACACUAGCACCCCUUAGUUUGCCACCGUCGACCAGAUUCUAACGAUCGAUGACCGGAUUUCGGCGACUGGUGAUCGGUUUUCGACGACCGGCGACCGGUGACUGGAUUCCGACGAACAAAAAAUUAGGACACAAAAUAAAAUUUUAAUUUUAGAAUUAUUUUAAUUUUCUAUUUUUUAUUAUUUAAUAUAAUAUUUACCAUGACUAUUAUACUUUCGUUGAUUUUACACUAGGUCAACCUAGCUAAUAAAAGGUAAUCACAAUCCUAGCUUUCUUUUGGAUGGACACUAGUGUUGUCAACCUAACAACAUAAGGGUGUUGUCACCCUAUCUUUUUCCGAAACCGGGAUAGCGGAGAAGACAGAAUCGCGUAGAGGAAAUCGAGAGGCGACAAGAGAGGUUGAAACUCGUGAUAGCAGGAGGAGACAGAAUCGCAUGGAGGAAUUCCGGAGACGACAAAAUAAGAAACGGAAUUGCUCGGAGGAACAACAACGACUAUAACGAAGAUGGAAAAUCCCGACAGAGGGAGGAGAUGGAACUAAGGAGAGGAAAUCGAAAAGAAGGGGAAGUUGAAACUAAAAUCAAGUUAAGCAGUUGCACGCACGAGUUCAUUUAUUUUAGAUGUCUUGGAUUGUCACCAAAUUCUAAAAAUUUUGAGGUUGUGCUGGAUUUCAAUGUGAAAUUCGAUCCAUUCUUCGUUUAGUUUGAAUUCUCAUAUUUAAAUAUCAAUUUAACCAAAAGUUUCAAGCGUGGUUUACAUUGAGUUUUUUCAACUCCACAAAAGCAAAAAAUUUCAAAAAUUGAACACCAUCACUUGUACUCACAAAAGUAAUUUAAUUUACCUAUUAAUACUCUACAUACACUUUUAAGCUAGUUUACGCAGAUAAUGAAGAGCCACAGAGUUCUAGAAGAUGAUCCCACAAAACCGGUUUCACUAAUUUAGGAGAGCAGACGUGGCAUCAUCCAGCUGCCCCAGCCUGUACACAGCUCGACCAUCCAACCGCUCACAAUCACCCCCACGUAAUUCCGAAAAAUCCCAGCCAUUAAAACUGAAAACCCAAAAGCACCAAACAGAGGGAUGUUUCUUUUUUUUCUUUUUUUUCUUUUUUCCGUUCCGUUUUGACUUUGACCUGGGGUAAAACGGGAAGUCGAAGCGAAGCUUGGCUGGCAAGGAAUAUCUCCGGGGAACUAAUCAGGGCAAAAUUCAUGGUGGCAGGAUACGUGUUGCUACAGUAAAGGAAAACCUCCCAACCCUUUCCCCCUUUUUUUUUUUAUAAGAAACAAACGCUCGUUCACCCAAAAAAUCAAUAAUAAUUACCACAUAAAUUAAGCAACCAACCCCGCCCGCUGUGAUCAAUCAAUUUUGUUGAUCGAGUUGGGGUGUGGGAAAAAUCCCAGAAAACCAAAAAGAAAAAGAAAAAAAACAAUGGUGAAGGAAAGUGCGAGGAAGUGCUCGCACUGCGGCCACAAUGGCCACAACUCCAGGACGUGCAACGCUGCCAAGCCACCUGCCGCCGGAAUCAAGCUGUUCGGCGUCAACAUCGUCGAGAAGUUGGCUGCACCGGAACAUCAGCCGACGACGUUGAUGAUGAAGAAAAGCGCCAGCAUGGGGAAUCUGGACUCAUGGAUCAACGGCUCCGUUGGCCAAAAUGCGGUGGUGGAGGAGGCAGGGUAUCUGUCCGAUGGAUACCUCAGUUCCAAGCGUGGCAAGGCGGCCGCUCACGAAAGGAAGAAAGGGAAGCCAUGGACGGAGGAAGAACACAGGGUGUUUCUGGCGGGAUUGAGAAAGCUUGGGAAAGGGGACUGGAGAGGGAUCUCCAAGAAGUUUGUGACGACCAGAACUCCGACGCAGGUUGCCAGUCAUGCACAGAAGUAUUUCCUGAGACGGUCUUCGAUCGACAAAAGGAAGAGGAGAUCCAGCCUCUUCGACAUGACCCUCGACGCUGCUUCUUCAUCAUCAUCAUCGCUAUCACCUUCUUCACCAUCAUCCGUGGUUUUGGGGUCUCAGGAUUUGGCUCCAGUAAUCAAGACACCAAGAACGUACUCUAUCCAACAGGUAAGUGUUCCGCAAUCCGAGAACGAGAAGGUAACCGAAACCCUACUGCCAUUGUCAACGCCACCUUCAACUCAGAUUGCCAACAACAACAGAUUUCCACAUCUGGGCAUAGAGAGUUAUCCCAAGUUUCAACCAGCCACAACAACCACUGGUCGCUUUUCCAGUUUCCAUCCGGGUCCUUACAUGGACUUUCUGGCUUCCAAACCUGUCGCGCAGAACUUCAUGUGCCACCCGAGUUUGGUCUACUAUACCCCUCCAGUUUUCCCAGGAUGUUUGCCUGUCGUGGCUCACCCUUCAGGAAUUCCAUGGCCAAGGUCGAGUUUUGCACACUCGCAGCCGGUUUCGUCAGCUUCGCCAAGUAAGAAGCAAGAUCCCCUGAAGCUGGAGCUGAAAGUUGGAGAGUCAUCUUCUGAGUCGCCCUCGUCACAAGGAGCAGCAGCAGAUAUCCCAUCUCGUCCCCCUGGAGCAAUCAGUGUACAAUGAAUGGGAAGGCACCUAUAUUUUUUCAUUCUUUUUCUUAGCUUUUUACACCAGUAGGAAUAGAGAAUGUUAUUUAGGAGUAAAGUAUGUAUAGGAUA